GUGCGCGCGUGAGAGAGAGAGAGAGAGAGAGGGAGAGGGGCCUUCCCCCUGUAUAAGCGACCCUCCGUGUGUGUGUAACUGCGGAUGGUGUGUAAAUGGAGUGUAGGAACUAUUUCACCUUUCGUCGGGAUUUUGCGAAGAAAACGGAUUCUUUAAACUGAGUCGCCAUUACAAGUCGGCACAAUGCCGGAUAAGGACGCGGAUUUGCCUGGAAAUCUAGGGACAUUAUUAUUAUUCGUAUAAAGCUCUUUCGGAAUUGCCGAUCGGAGCAUAUUUUUUUUUCUUGCCUCUUUUUUUUCCCCUUUUUGAUCGCCCUUGGGUGGAUGAUGGAUGGCCGAGAUUUCGGGCCGCCCAGAUCCGUGCACGUUCCCCCGCCGCUGCUUUCGGGACUCGCCGCUAUGGAGUCGCACCGACUCGGAGCUUCCGCCGCGCCCGGGAGGAUGCCACCGUCUCCCGGCCACUUGGGCGCGGGCCACCCGGCGGCUGCUCUGCACUCGGGAAAAUUUCUCUCUCCGACCAUUAACAUGCAAUCCCACCACGGUGAUGCCUUCCCAGGUGCCUCUAGCUUCCUCGGCGGCUACAUGAGCUCAUCGAACCCGCACGCAGGACCAAGCUCGCUUCCUUCCGACCCCACCUUCAGAGCCCCCAACCCACCCAGUCUGCAGAUGGCUCAGCUCUGGGCUUCACACUCGCAUGAAGGUUUUGCCCACCUUCCCGGUGGUCUGUAUCCUGGCCCGUACCUUCCCCUGGGUCAUCUUGAGCAUCCUCAACUGGGCCAGCAUUCACUUUAUGACUCACAAAAAGAGGGGUUUUACCUUCCGGGCUCAGUACACUCCCAGUCAGUCAUGGCCCGGAGCCUUGUGGGCCAUUUGCCCAGCGCUUUAAACAGAGAGAAGACGCAGGAGCUCCAAAAGGGCUCCAAAGACUCAUCCCGGGAGCUGGGGAAAGACAAGCCUUGCAAAAGCGAAGCAGGCCACUUGGUUCAGCGCAGGGAGCGGCUUCGGGAGGAGACCCGGCCUCACAGUGUGGUUGACCUUACCCAGGACACUAAGCCUGAAGACGAGCGGCGAGUCUUACAGCAGCAUUCACCUGCUGCCGAUGUUAAACCCAAAUACUCGCUCCAGCCCUCACAUAGCAGCGGCAGGACCAGCAGUGGCCCGCCAUCCAGGUACCAGAGUUUAGAACCAGAAAGAAGGGAGUGGGUUGAGGAACAUUACCAAGCCACCGGCCCCUCCUCUACUGACAGGCCAAAACGUCUCGACUCUGUGGCUUCAUCUCUAGGCACUUUGCACGCUUCUUAUUCCAGCCCCUCUUCCCUUCAGAGCAGUCCAGCACCCCUCCCACCCAGGUUGGUGUCCUCUGGUGCCUAUCCUCCCCCACACCACUUGCCCCCAAGCUUGUACCCACACUGCUCUGCCACUAAAGAGCAAGCCAAGGAACACAGAGUGACCGCUCCUACUUAUGUGCCUUCUGUCGAGGUUUACGAUGAGCGGAAAGGACCUAUCCAGAUCGCCUCGCAAGCUCGAGACAAUACUAAAACCGAUAAGAGCAGGGACCGAGACAUGAACAGAGCACCCUCGCAGUUUGGAAAUGAGAGGACAAAUGCAGCCUCUAUCCGGAGUGAGUCACCUUGUCCCUAUGAGUUCAAGAGAGACUUUGUACGGGAAGAGGGAUCCGUUAUCAGGGCCAACAACUUGGUUGUAAAAAAGCCUCCUGUUUUAGAUUUGGGCACAAUCAAAUCCAACCACAGCCCGAAUACCAAGGACUUACAGAGCACCAAGCACACAAUCAAAAUGGGGCAGGAGACGGAAAGCCGCAUCCAAGAGCGUGAAAUUCUUCAAAGGUCUGGGCCUCCUUUUUCUAGUUUGGAAUCCACCACGCUCCACUCUGCUGAGACCAAAUGGAAGCCUUUUGAGAUGAGCAACUACGCCACUAGCCACAUAGCUGCUCUGGCAGCUCAACAUACGCACGGCCCCAGAGGAGCGGACGAUGGCAAGCGCAUGUACCUGGACCGCAGAGGCAGUCCAGGGAGCCUCCAGGGUGAGGAACACAACGAGGUAUCUGCUAUGCAGAGCCUUAUCAAGUACAGUGGGAAUUUCUCCGGCGAGGUGAUGUCUAAGCAUGGUGCGGAUAGUCGCACCCCGUUCGGCGGACUGGGCAACUUGAAGACGGAGGCUUCACAGCAUGCAAGCUCUAAAGCUCAGCACCUGUCUGGGAAGCAGCUAAAGAGGGAGCCGGAGAGACCCGAAAGCGCCAAAUCGUUCAACCGGGAUGGAAGCUCCUCUCAGGGAGAGGCUGAGGUUCGACACCCCCCAGUGGGCAUCGCAGUAGCGGUGGCUCGACAGAGAGACAACAGCAGCAAGCUCGGCUCUGUGUCGGACCGAGACAGACCGAUUCUGGCAGGAGGCAUUAAAGGCCCAGGCCAAGAGGAAGAGGAACAAGGACAAGAGCGAACACGUCAUCACGAUGGCCGGCUUCUGUCUGGACGUCUGGAACACGAGCAGGAGAAGGCGUUGAGAGAGAGUAAAGAUUUGGCGGAUUACUCUCAGCUGCACCCACCCUUGGUAUCUGUGAGUAGCCUGAACCCUAACCUGAUGGUGACCGGAGGUUCUCCCCUGGCGGGGGCCUGGCGGGGGCCUGCUGACCCCACCUCGCAUCUGACUUCCCAUCCCUGGCUUCCUCGCCCCGGACCCUCGUCUAUGUGGCUGCCCGGUUCUCCAUAUGGACUAGGUGCGCCCUCUCUUCACCAGCCCCUGCCUCCAGGUUACCCCCCCACCUUACCUGGCUCCAUACCCCAAGCCUACCAGUUUGCCCGGGACCCACAGACUGGACAACUUGUCGUCAUUCCCACCGAACACCUUUCACACUACACGGCAGAGAUGUUGGAGCGUGGCCCCCCGCUGUGGCCAGCCAUGUACCCGCCAGCAGGCAGCUCUCUGCAGCACGCCCACCAGCUGCAGCUUCUCUCGCACCAGCAGCUCGUUCGCCAACAGGAGCUCUACAUGAUUCAGCAGCAGGCUGCCCAGGUCAUGGAGCUACAGAGGAACGCGCAGUUUGUGGAGAGACUAAAAGAACAGCGGGCUGACAUGGAGGACAAAGCGGAGAAGAGAGUUGGAGAGGGCGCCAAAGCCAGUCUCUCAAGUGUACCUGCCUCUGUCCUGCACUCGCGCAAGCCUCCUCCUCGUUCCCCAACCCCUUCUACCUCCCAUAAGAAGGCGGUGACACCUCUAGCGGUCACACCACUGCCCUCUCCAGUCACUUCCCUUAAGUCAGAAGAUAGACCCAAAGUGGAGAGCACACUUCCUCAGCAGUCUUACUCACACCCAUCUACCCCAGCCCCACAGCCGCUCAGUCCUGCCUCCGCCUUGUCACCUCCCCCUUCCCCUAUCCACCCUAAACAGGAGUCUGUGGAGGUGUCUGACAAAGAGGAGCUUGAUGUGCAUAAACAAGUAUCUGCUUCUUUCCCAUCUAUAUAUCCUGAAAUUCCUCCAGGCUACCCCUACCAAUCAAUAACGGCAUCAUUCAGCAGCCAUUACCCAUACCUUCUUCAGCCAGCCACAGCUGCUGAUGCAGAAGGCCUGGCUCCAGCUGUGCCGCUGCAGGCCGAAGGCUCGAAGCGUUUAGGUGGCCCGGCCGGUGUAAAACCCAGCCACAUGUGCUCUCCGGUGGUGGCAGAGGCUCUGCAGGGAUCCAGGGAGUCCAAGCACGUAGAGGAGAGUGUUGUACCAUUCAAGGAGGAACCAGGCCUGGAAAACAGCAAGGACGUUUUGAGUCAGGAUGGUAUUGCACAAUCUAUCCACUCUACUGGCCCCAUUUCCAACCAGGGCUCGUGCACUCCUGUUGAAGCAGAAGCCUGCUCUGGAGCUGCAGUCUCACCAAUGCCCGAGGAGGAUGAAGUAGAACAAGAUGACAAGGAAGAUCUAUUCUCCUCUGCUCAACAAGAGUUGUACCUAAGAUCAGGAUCAGACCUGGAUAGGAGCCCUGCAGCAGAAGUUUCAAAGAGCUCUCUCAACUUGCCAGAGGCGGCGUACACAUCCUCCUCAGAUUACACUGAUAGACUCAGCAUUCCCAUAGACUGCAGCAUUCGUCAUUCCUCAGACUCACCUUUAGUUCACACAGAGAGGAUAAUUCCUGCAUCCAUCCUCAAGGAACCCAUGCUUCACACUCCAGACCUGGAAUCAACACUCAGAGAUAUACCGCAUCCAUGCGCCACUCCACCUGUGCUUCUGCCUGCCCCUGUGCCAGUAGCCAUCCAAUCUGAGGACCCCAUGGCAGGCAUGCUGGCACUGCUAACAGCUAGUGAGCUUCCCCAAUCUGGUGCCCUUACCACCAUGGCUGUGAUGCCCCCCACCAGGAUGGUGCAUUGCCCAGGGAUCAGUCUUUUGGAGUCCACUGCAGCUGAGGGCAUGGCCCUGCUUAGCCAAAUGGCCGAGCUAGAGAUGCAGAGGCACCAGAGAGACUCCAUGCAGGGCAUAAUGCACUGUGGAUUAGAGAGUCUCCUCGAGGCUGGGAGGCAAGUCCUCCUGGAAGCCAUCGAACGCCAGCCUCAGGUCAGCAUCUGUCUCCCCAGAGAGCUCAACCCAAACAAGAAGUACAGCUGGAGACAGAAGAAAGACGAACCUAUGUUCUCUAAAUCCUCUCUGGAUGGUAUUGAUGCGAUGGAGGUGGACUAUCGUGUGAGACUGGCUGAGCUGCAGCGGUGUUAUAAAGACAAGCAGAGAGAGCUGAUCAGGCUACAGAGACGGAGAGACAAAGUAGAGAAGCAGCAGAUGCAGCAACAACAGCUUCAGCAGCAGCAGGAGGAAAGAAACAGGAACCUGGCCAGGAGAGGCCCCGGUCGGCCCCGGAAGCGCAAGCAUGGCCUGUGUGCUCUGUCUCCGCCUUUAGGCAAGCUGGACGCCAAGUGCGGAAGACUGGCCCAGAGCUUACAGUAUUCAGAAGACUCUGAGAGUGGGGAAGUGUUGAGGAAGCGUUUCCGCAGCUCCACACGCGAGGAGGACGAGGAUGAGGACAUGGAUGUCGGUAUUUUAAAGGCAAAGAAUAGAAGCAAGAGUUGGAACGAUCCAGAAGCCUGCUCCAGUUACUCUCACGAGGUGCAUAAAGCAGGCAGUAAGAAGAUCCAAGUAAGUGAGCAAGAGCAGUUGGCUUCAAAGCUCGACAAGGCCUUGUCUCUUACUAAGCUCGGUAAAUCGAACAAGACCUCAUGUAAGUUUGUGGACGGUUCUUCAGCAAAGUCCAGAACUCCCUCUGGGAGCCGGCUGUCUCUGCUCCCAGACAUGAGUGUGAGAAACAAGAUGGCAAAACCUAAGCUGUCCAAAGAGCUUGGUUUCUUUCACAAAUCCUCCAAAGGAGGUAAAAGCAAAAUGUCGAACAAAUUAAAGUCUUCAGACUCGAGCCUUAAGGGAAAAGGCCAGAGGAAAGCUUCUAACUCUCCAGUGAGGUCAGAGAUCAGCAGCUACUCCAACAACACAGAUUCAGAAGAGGACUCUAUGAAGGAUGGCUGGCCGCCCCAUGGCAUGAUGGGUAAAUCGGGACCCUGUGCACAGAUCCCAGGCCAUUACAGCACUCCUUCCAAGAAGAAGCGGCCGUCAUCCAAGAGAACCUCUGCGUCAUCAUCAUCCUCGUCGUCCUGUCUCAAGUCGAAACAGGGGGUGAAAGAAAGAAAACAGAAGCACUUUGCUUUAUUACUCCAAGAAGCAGGAGUCAGCUCUUCUGAGGACUCAUUUGACCAAGAGUACUUUACUGAAAGGGAUGAUUCCGAGGACGAGGACGACGACGAAGAGGACUAUGACCAUGACCUGGAUGAGAUUAAUGGCCUGUGCUCUUCCUCGCUAGAGGAAAGUGGGUUGGGUCUCCUUGCUCGCUUUGCUGCUAGCGCCAUCCCUAGCCCCAUUACCUCUGGCCCUUUGUCCCUUGUUCAGCUGGAGGCCAAGCAGAAAGCCAAGAAAAAAGAGGAGAGGCAGAGUCUGCUAGGUACAGAGUUUGAGUUCACAGACUCGGAGAGUGACAUUAAGAUCCGGAAGUUCCCAUCUCUGCUGCAUGGUAAGAGAUCUGCGCCCGAGCUCCCUCUGCUUCCCCCAGCCAGCGUCAUGCGUGAGGACUCCAGCCCUGGCAAACGUGGCCGUAAGCCCAAAUCCCAAACCAAGCUCAGCUUGAGCUUCUCGGCCGAAGGCAGCGACGAAGAACGCUGGAUCCGUCGCAGGAGCGAGCGCAUUUUCCUCCAUGAUGCCGCCCAGGCUAAACCCAGCUCCCCUUCUAAAACUGCAUUGCCCAAACCGGUUCGUGGGCCCAAGGCACCUCUGCAUGGCUCCAAGGACAUCCCUAAACCCAGGGAGGUGAAAACACUGGGAAAGAAGAAGAGGUUGAAAGAGCUUCCCUUGUGUCUGCCGCCGCUGUCCAGCACUCCAUCAGAGAGCGGCGCAUCGCUCGCCGUCAGCUCUGGACGCAAGAGCAAGAUUAAGCCCAAAGCCAGAGAGGUUCGAGGCAAAGGCGGCGCUGUGAGCAAGCUGAUGGAGAGCAUGGCUGCUGAUGAGGACUUCGAGCCGAACCAGGACAGUAGCUUCUCUGAGGACGAGAACCCCCGUCUGAGCACUGAAAGACCCUGUACCCCUGCCCCUCGUAACUGUGUGCUUAAUAAGGAUGAGCUUCAGGAUGGAUUGCGUGUCCUGAUCCCUAUGGAUGACAAGCUGCUGUACGCCGGCCACGUCAACACCGUCCACUCGCCCGACAUAUACAGUGUGGUGGUUGAGGGUGAACGGGGAAACAGGCCUCAUAUCUACUGCCUGGAGCAGCUGCUGCAGGAGGCGAUUAUUGAUGUUAAGCCCCCCUCUGUGAGGUACCUGCCUCAGGGAACAAGAAUCGCAGCCUACUGGAGCCAGCAGUACCGCUGCCUCUACCCUGGCACCGUGGUCAGAGGGAGCCCUGACAUGGACGAGGUGGACGACUUAAUAACCGUCGAGUUUGACGACGGGGACACCGGUCGCAUUCCGCUGUCCCACAUUAGACUGCUCCCUCCGGACUACAAGAUCCAGUGUGCAGAGCCAUCUCCUGCACUUCUGGUGGCUAGCACUAAAAAACGAGCACGGAAGGGCAGUAAGGACGUUCCCGAGAGUAAAGAGACGAGUCCGAAAACGGCAGACGAUUCUGCUCUGAAGAACAAGGGGAGGGGGAGAAAACCGAAGCCCAAACCUGAGCCUGAACUAGCUCAAAAGGAGCAUGAAAAACCUGACCAAUCAGCCCCUGGACCCGUGCAGGAGAGACCCCUUACCACCCUAAAAAGUGGCCCACUCCUGAGCAGGAAGAGUCAGCCUGCCAGCCCCUCCAUCCCAAUACCUGCUGAAGGCCAGAAGAAAACUGCUGUAGCCAAACCCCCAGCCAAAGUACACUCACAGCCCAAGCCUGUCUACUCAUCAGCACUUUAUGGAAAAGUUCUCUCUGUGGAUCUCUAUAACGACCCAUCUGCUUCGUUAGCUUCCUUUAUGUCCGGCAGUGAGAGCGGGAAGGCGAAGGCUGUCAAAAGAGCCCGGAAGAGUGAAGAUGAAGGAGCAGGGUUUGGGGUGAAAACACAACGCAAGCAGCCUCAGACAGAGAUCCUGAUCAAGCUCGACCAUGAGGGCGUGAUGUCCCCGAAGACCAAGAAGACCAAAGCCCUGAUGAUGAUGGAGGGUCAGAAUCGCACAAAGAGGGACAACAAAGCCGUGAUGGGUGUUAACUACACUACUGUCACCUCCACUACCCCUACAGACAAAACACUGAAGCCCAAAACUGAGCCUGAGAACAUUAUUCCGGACAGCGUGGCGUCCUACGGUAUCCGUAAGCUGGGGAGCAGCACAGAGAGCCGUGUAAAUGUAAAAAGCUCGGGAGAGAAGGAAGCUCAAUCGGAAAACUGCAGCAGCAGUAGCAGCAGCAGCUCAGAGUCAGACGGAGAGGAAGAAACGAGGACCUCGUCGGAAACCAAGGCAAAACAGGACAGCAGCUCCACCAGCUCCCGUGCCUCUAGCCCCACCUCUUCUAGUUCCUCCAGCAGUAGCUCCUCUUCUACUGCUGGAUUUAAUUCGUCGUCAUCGUCCUCCUCCUCGUCCUCGACCACUAGUGAUGAGGAGUCUUCCUGUAGCUCGGAUGAGGAGGCCCCUGCAGAUCCCCAGCCCAUGUCCCCUCAAGAGCAACCUCCAACAGAGAAUGAGGAAGAAGACGUAGAAGAGAAAGCAGAGGUGAAGACCGAGCCUCCACCCGACACGUCCAAGGUCCAGAAACAGCAGGUUCCUCCCAAACAGCAGGCAAAGCAACAGAAGGUGAAGAAGAGUGUCGGCCGGCCGAAGAGGAGAGAGGGCAUCCAUCUGCCCACAACUAAAGAGCUGGCGAAGCGACAGAGACUGCCCUCGGUGGAGAACAGGCCCAAGAUUUCGGCUUUCCUGCCAGCCAGACAGCUGUGGAAGUGGUUUGGGAAACCAACCCAGAGACGGGGGAUGAAGGGCAAAGCAAAGAAACUCUUCUAUAAGGCCAUUAUGCGAGGCAAAGAAAUGAUCCGUAUUGGAGACUGCGCUGUUUUCCUGUCUGCUGGACGGCCUAACCUUCCAUUUAUUGGUCACAUCCAGAGCAUGUGGGAAUCAUGGGGAAACAACAUGGUGGUUCGUGUCAAAUGGUUCUACCAUCCUGAGGAAACCAACCCUGGAAAAAAACUUCAUGACAAAAAGAAUUGGGAUCAGAUGUCUGGAAGGAAUCUUGCUGCUGUUCUGCAGGCGUCGAACCAGAGAAAGGAUUUCAUGGAGCGGGCUCUGUAUCAGUCGUCUCACGUUGACGAGAACGAUGUUCAGACCAUCUCUCACAAGUGCUUGGUGGUUAGCCUGGAGCAGUAUGAGCAGAUGAUUAAAACAAAGAAGUACCAGGACAGUGAGGACCUCUACUACCUGGCUGGCACUUACGAACCCACUACUGGUAUGAUUUUCAACACUGACGGUGUUCCUGUCAUCUGUUGAGGAGCUCUUUUAUCACCUGGCUUCACCGCAGGAAUGAGCUCGUAUCUUUUCGGAUGAUGACCGAGAGCUAGAUAAAUGUUUCGAGGCUUUCUCGAUCAAAUGAGUUCAUGGUGGUGUUCCAGAACGAGAGCAUCGUUCGUCUUGGCUGAAUGACACAUGAGGACCGAGACUGAUUGUAAGCAUGGACUUGAACAUGGACGUGAAAUGUGUUUCCAGCAGUAUUUAAGUUAAAGUACGUGUGAAGAAGGCAAAUGCCGUGGAGUGUGACGCUAAUCAGGUAGCAAAGGACGGCCCGUUCCAGCUCUUGAUGCAGUAUAUAUCGACAAAAGCAGUGCGGUGAACAAAUCGAGCACCAUUUCGAGAAAGGAAAAUGAGUGUGCGUGUCAAAAUCGUCUUUAAGGUCAAAAGUCUGCACAGCUGAGCUCUUCCGUCUCUAGCUGUCAGAGUCAGCAUCACGGGAACUCAUGCAACACAACUCGGUGGAACUGAAUCUGCCGGAGAGAGGGCUGCUACCAAACCAACUUCACAGGUCCCGGCUUGCGGUGGACGUGAUUUAGACUGACAGGACAUGUCACACUUGCUACCCCGAUCCACCUGGAGAAGCUAUCCGUACCAGCACUCGGCUGUCCAGCGACCUCCUGGUAAAACCGCUGGAACUUGACACGCGUACAGCCGGUUAAUGAAUUCGGGACAGCUGAUAUACAACCCUGGACUCUUAAAGCUGCAGCCGUACCGACGCUGGCACUCGUCCCGCCCUGCGGAAUGUUUAUUCACGAGAAAGUGAGUCACCUUUUUAGCCCCCGGUAGAAAGAUCCGCUGGGAGAUUUUUACAGGCGCGUGUUCUAGCCAGCAAGGCAGAAAGGGCUCUCUGUACGAAUCGUGCGCCGGCGUGGUCCAAACUGCUGUACAGAUAACUACAAUUGUACAUACACUAUAUAUACAUGAUAUAAACACAUUUUAUUUUCAUGUACAAUAGGUUUAUGUGAAAGUAACUUUUUUUAAAGUGGUAAAAGGAAAGAAAAAAAAGCUUUAUUAUACUGUGAAUCAAAGAGCAAAAUUAAGUGUAAAUUAGGAAUUAUGAGGAUCUCAGCAUUUGUUACUGGAACUCUGAAUUUCAGAUAUAUUUACCCACUACAUUAACGAUGCAGUGUAAUUUGAAAUGUACUUAUCGAGGAUACUAUUAGAGGACAUUCAUGGUUUUCGGACCGCUUGUCCGGUUUUUAAACAGAAAGCACUUAAUUCUACCCCCUCCCCAUCUAUUCUAAGAUGAAUUUCCUUUGACAAUCCUCACCGCAGGUUGACGUGAUGUGAUUGAUAUAUAUAUAUAUAUAUAUAUAUAUAUAUAUAUAUAUAUAUCAUUUUUUUGUGGCUGUCAGCUGUCCGGAGCGGUCACUGCCUGGUCAACCUGUUGCUCUUUCAACCCCUCAGCAAACGCGUGUUUGUGUGUUUUUUUUUUUCUUGUUUUGCUUUCUUUUUUAAAGCAUUCCUCUCAACCCUUCCCCAAUCUACUCUUUCCAGAAGCAAUUACGUCUCAUGCAUAAAAGCACUUUGUUAGAAUGUACUAAUGGCAGAGCAGCACCGCAACGUGACAUUCAAGAGAGUCACCGGAGAAAGAGAGAGAAAGUGUGUGUGUGUGUGUGUGUGCGUGCGUGCGUGAGAUCGGACGUUUGCUUCCUGUAUGUCUGAUUUUCGUAUCUUCCCUCGCUCUCUCUCGGUCUAAUUCCUGCACACGGCUGCUGCUCGUCUACGCUUAAAAUACUUUAAAGGGAAAGUCCGAGGAGAUUUGUUUUUCCCCCACAAUUUCACCAUCGAGGCUUGUUGAGUCGUAAACAGUCGUUCUGAUUGGCUGGAUGGAAAAUGCAGCAGGUUUCUGUAGAACAUUUCAUUGUGAGUCAGAGGUGUUUAUAAAGACCGUGAUGGGAAACGAAUCAAAAAAUUACCUCAGUGAUUAUAUAAACUGGUCACAAUUUUAUUUCCUGUGGCCUUUCGGACUGAUUAUUAUGGGAUGUCUCUCUCUCUCUCUCUAUCAAGAGUUUGUCACGCAUGCUCACUUAUCUACCAAACCAUUACAGCCACAAAUGGAGACAAACGUGUAUGAUGUUUGAAAGGGAAAUUUGGUUCCAAAAAACAUUUCAAUAAAUUAAUCACCAUUGUAGUCCUAUUACAUAGACAGAUCCAGAUGUUUCUGAUAGAUCGCAUAACGCUCUUGUGAAUACAAAAAACUCCUGGUUUCUACAACAAACAAAACACCUCCUCAUUUCUCAUCUAAACACGCUGCACGACUGUUUACUUUCCAUCCAGUAAAUUAUACAAAAGUUAUUUAAAAAAUCCGAAUUCUUCUUUAAGCCCGGUUCUUCCGAGGCCGAGUCACUGUUGGCCCAAUUGCAGAGAUUGAACGUUGCUUUUUUGUAAAUAGGUCUAGCUGAUCUUGUUUUCCAAAGAAAGAGCCAGACGUCACCAGAGGCUCUCGCCAAUACAGGACCAGGCUGUUUAUUCUCUGCUCCUCUAAUCAAGACCAAUCAAACAUAUUUGAUUCAUGGCUGGUUUCUGUCUAACACUCAUUAAAAAUAAUAAUAAAAAAAUAAAUAAAAAACAGAUAUUUUGUUUUUGUGCCUUCUGCCAUGGUCUAAAGAUUGAAUGUAGUCUAAUGUCUAAAUAUUGGACAUGUUUUUAUGUCUAGAAUAAUGCAUGUAUUUCGGAAAGUGUUCCUUGUGAGAAUGCCUGGCCUUUCGAUCGCAGCCUCCGCUGUCUCGGAUCUCUUUAUCACUAUGGGUUUAAAUUUUCCCCUACCUCUUUUUUCAUGGUAUUUUUUUCUGUACAUUCUCAGUGUUUAAAUAGAUUUCAGUCUGUCUGCCUUUCUUUUUAAAUGCCCGACGGUAACGAUUGCCGUUCUCGACUAGGUGGCCACUGCACUGAGAGGGUGCGGGUGAGAGGGUGUGGUCGGCGCCUACAUCUUUUUCACGCUGCCUCCUACUCGGUGUCGUAGGUCAGCCAAAUGUGCUUUAUUAUUAUAGUAUAGUAAAAAAAAUGCCCAGUUCUGUACACGGGACCGUGCUUGCUCUGACUCGGCAGGACAAGCAAAAAACAAUUCAAACAUUUCUUUAAUCAUCUUCCGUUUUUUUGACUUUAGAGGAAGGGAAAAGCGAGAGCGAGAUUAGCGAGGGAAUGGACACUAGAAUAGUCUGGGAUUUAUCAAACCCAGAACAAUUUAGGCCUGUUCAGUAUUUCAGAAUUUCUUUCUGUUAUAGAAAUACGUUGACACUAGAGAGAAAGGGAGAGACUAUAUUGCGACUAUAAAUUUAGUCCCAAAUAUUUCUUUUUGUCCCGUUUCGUAUAUAACGUUGGCCGAUCUCUCUUAAAGAGAUGAUAUCUUGUUGAUAUUCAAUAGGUUAUUUCUUAACAUGUUAAUCAUCAUAUGUGGUCUUGAGGUAAAUUGUAUAUUCUGUUUUUGUAUCUUUCAGGUUCUGACUUUUUAAGAGUUUUUUUUUUUCCUGAUUAGUUUGGUUCGAGGAUUUAUACCAGACCCAAAGCCGACUAAAAUGGUGCCAAAUAAUCUUUAAGCCACCUGAAAUCUAAAACGACAACAAGGGAACGCGAUCAUGGUCCAAAACCCGGUCUCAUACAUAUAUAUAUAUAUAUAUAUAUAUAUAUAUAUAGUGUAAGAUAUUUGUCUUUAGGAAGUUGUACAAUUUAAGUGCCCCUGAGAACAAACGUUUACUUGGAGCUUGAGUCAAGCUGUAAAGCACUUUUUAAAAUAUUUUUGUCUGCAUGUUGUAGAAACAGAGUUUAUGCAUUUAGGAAUAAUAUUAGAGCAGAGCGAUCCACUUUUAUUUUGCUUGCCGUGAGUGUGAGAUGUCGGCCUUCCCUUGGCUCCGCGCUCGGGGUCAUUAAAAGAGACAGUGGCCUCUGCUGGUAGAAGUUUUGUAGGGUGAGCUAGUCGCUAAGUGUCUUCUGCUCUGUGUUCAGGGUCGUAAAUGGCCGUCUCAUUUUAAUGAAUUAACUGGCUUGCUAGAAGAUAUAAAAAAAAGCUCUUGUAUAGCAGAGACAGAUCUUUACAGGUCUUGCUGUUUGCAUGAUUCUGUUGGCCUUUUUGCAUUUUGUCUCUCUGAAAUAUUGUCAGAGUUUUUUUUUUCUAUUCUAUUCUAUUGACGUUCCCCCUCUCAGAACAAUUGUCCUCCGUGCUUAAUGUGCAAUACUGCUGAAUGUGGUUUCUCUGAGGUAGCUGCUAGUGAGGGAUAAAGAUUGUUAGAGAGAGAGAGAGUGUAAGUGUGUGGACUGGAGGCUGGUCCUUCGCUGGUCUUGGUCUGCUGGUCCGUCAGCGUUAGUAAAGUCCUGUUACACACGAGAAAAAAAAAGCUAUACUUUUUAAAAUGAUUUUUAAUUUUGAUGAUUUUUUUUUUAUGAAAAUGUAAAAACAUUGAAGUUUUGUAAAUUGUCCUUAUGAGAGGGGGAUGUAUUUGUACACGCAUUUAAUCCUGUAAAAAACUAAAUAUAUAACAGCAUACACUUUUGAAAGAUUAUGAUCCAGUCACUAAAGAAUUCUGUUGUGUUUAAACUUCACCGGCUUUUUUUUUUUUUUUUACUGAAAAACGCUUAAUCAGUGUUCUUUCCCGUUCUUUUAGAAUUCAGAAUUUUUGUAGUCCAUCAAUUAAAAACAUCAUGAAAACGA